AUGCACAGCUCAAUCAUGAUCUGCUUUGUUUUAGGAUGUUUCUUAUGGUUCCCCCAAGUGAGAGGUGAGGAAGGCUGUCUCAACACUGAACUCUGUUCAGGUACAGAGUGGGACCGUUUGUGGUAUAUCUGGCUGGUGGUGGUGAUCGGUGGGCUGCUGCUCCUGUGUGGCCUGGUUUCCAUCUGUAUGAGAUGCUGUUUUCAUUGUCAUCAGACAGGGGAGGAAUCGGGUCCUCAGCCCUACGAGGUCACCGUCAUUGCUUUUGAUCAUGACAGCACCCUCCAGAGCACCAUUACCUCUCUCCAUUCCGUGUUUGGGCCUGCUGCCAGGAGGAUAUUAGCGGUGGCACACUCCCAUAACGCUGCGCAGGGAACACCACCCCUCUCAGCAUCAGACACUCCUCCAGUCUAUGAAGAAGCUCUGCACAUGAGCAGAUUCACAGUUGCCAAGGCGGGGCAGAAAGUGCCAGACCUGGAUCCAGUGCCGGAGGAAAAACUGCAGGCAUCUGCCGAGGGCAAGGAUGCCCAGCCAGCCCUCCCAGGACACUAG